CCCCAGCGGCCUCCGGGAGCCCCCGGCGCCAGGCCCGAGCCCUGGGCGCCCGUCGGCCUCGGGCGCGCCGUGUUCCCGGUGCCCGCCGACACUGCGUCUCCGCCAUCACCUAGAUUCAAGAUGAAUAGUGAUCAAGUCACACUGGUUGGUCAAGUGUUUGAGUCCUAUGUUUCGGAAUACCAUAAGAAUGAUAUUCUUCUAAUCUUGAAGGAAAGAGAUGAAGAUGCUCAUUAUCCAGUUGUGGUUAAUGCCAUGACCCUUUUUGAAACCAACAUGGAAAUUGGGGAAUAUUUCAAUGCAUUCCCGAAUGAAGUACUAACAGUGUUUGAUAGUGCUCUGCGAAGAUCAGCCUUGACAAUUCUCCAGUCCCUUUCUCAGCCUGAGGGUGCCUCUAUGAAGCAGAAUCUUCAUGCCCGGAUAUCAGGUUUGCCUGUUUGUCCUGAGCUGGUGAGGGAGCACAUCCCUAAAACCAAAGAUGUGGGACACUUUUUAUCUGUCACUGGGACAGUGAUUCGAACAAGUCUGGUGAAGAUCCUGGAAUUUGAGCGGGAUUACAUGUGUAAGAAAUGCAAACAUGUAUUUGUGGUCAAGGCUGACUUUGAGCAGUACUAUACCUUCUGCCAGCCGUCCUCCUGCCCGAGCUUGGAGGGCUGUGAUUCUUCCAAAUUCACUUGCCUCUCAGGCUUGUCUUCAUCUCCAGCGAGGUGUAGAGAUUAUCAGGAAAUCAAAAUUCAGGAACAGGUACAAAGGCUGUCUGUUGGAAGUAUUCCACGAUCUAUGAAGGUUAUCCUGGAAGAUGAUUUAGUAGACAGUUGCAAAUCUGGUGAUGAUCUCACUAUUUACGGAGUCGUAAUGCAACAGUGGAAGCCCUUUCAGCAAGAUGUGCGCUGUGAAGUGGAGAUAGUCUUAAAAGCCAAUUACGUCCAAGUAAAUAAUGAGCAGUCUGCGGGAAUCGUCAUGGAUGAGGAGGUCCAAAAGGAAUUUGAAGAUUUUUGGGAAUCCUAUAAGAGUGAUCCCUUUGCAGGAAGGAACGAAAUACUGGCUAGCUUGUGCCCUCAAGUUUUUGGGAUGUACCUAGUAAAGCUUGCUGUGGCUAUGGUGCUGGCUGGUGGGAUUCAAAGGACUGAUGCUUCAGGAACACGGGUCAGAGGUGAAUCUCAUCUUUUAUUGGUUGGGGAUCCUGGCACAGGGAAAUCUCAAUUCCUCAAGUAUGCAGCAAAGAUUACACCAAGAUCUGUGCUCACCACAGGAAUUGGAUCUACUAGUGCAGGUCUGACGGUAACUGCUGUGAAAGACUCAGGAGAAUGGAAUUUGGAGGCUGGGGCAUUAGUACUUGGAGAUGCGGGCCUUUGCUGUAUCGAUGAGUUUAACAGCCUCAAAGAACAUGACAGAACCAGUAUCCAUGAGGCAAUGGAGCAACAAACUAUAAGUGUUGCUAAGGCUGGCCUUGUGUGUAAGCUGAACACAAGGACCACCAUCCUGGCAGCAACUAACCCCAAAGGCCAGUAUGAUCCACACGAGUCUGUGUCUGUGAACAUCGCCCUUGGCAGCCCACUCUUAAGUCGAUUUGACCUGAUCCUGGUUUUGCUUGAUACCAAGAAUGAAGACUGGGAUCGUAUAAUUUCUUCCUUUAUCUUAGAAAACAAAGGUUAUCCAAGCAAAUCAGAGAAGCUCUGGAGCAUGGAAAAGAUGAAAACCUACUUUUGCCUAAUUAGGAAUCUACAGCCCACACUGUCUGACGUGGGUAAUCAGGUCCUUCUCCGGUACUACCAGAUGCAGAGGCAGAGUGAUUCCCGGAAUGCUGCCCGGACCACCAUCCGCCUGUUGGAAAGCUUGAUCCGAUUAGCAGAAGCUCAUGCUCGCCUGAUGUUUCGUGACACUGUGACUCUGGAAGACGCUAUUACAGCAGUGUCAGUAAUGGAAUCCUCAAUGCAGGGAGGUGCACUGCUGGGAGGUGUGAAUGCACUCCACACUUCCUUUCCUGAAAACCCUCUGGAGCAGUACCAGAGGCAGUGCGAACUUAUUCUGGAAAAGCUGGAGCUGCACAACCUUUUGAGUGAAGAGCUAAGAAGACUCGAAAGGUUACAGAAUCAGAGUGUGUACCAAUCCCAGCCACAGGCAGUGGAGGUAGAGACUAACCCAGGAUCCUCAAAAAGUGAUUCAGGAGAAGUGUCAAAGUCCAGAAUCUGGUCAGCACAACAGGAAGUAAACUGUAGCAUGCUGACAUCCUUUACUGGAAGCAGUCCUGAGGGAAGCCCAUGUCCCAAUCCCUCAUCCCAUCAGGGUCCUAGUAGAUCAACAAAUAGAAAACAUUCAGCUGAGUACAAAAAUAGGAAAGAUGACGGUAUGGAUUGGUUUGACUCCAUAGCAACUUAUCAGCCUGAACCUAAAAACACUCUUCCUGUAUCUCCCAAAACAAUUGGAGGAAAAAUGGCCUUGCAAACCUUCAAGAACAAAUCUCAGGGUAAAGAAAAGGGUGAGCCAGGCCAAAGGAAUGCAUUGGAAACUGGACAGCUUUCAGCACCAGGAGAGACAGAAGCUCCGUUGAGGCCAGACCAUGUUGAAGGUGAAGAGGCAAAAGCAGCAAUAGUUUCUGAAGCAGCAAUACCUGUAGGUGAGUCGGACUCAGUGCUAACCCAUCAUGUCUCCAGGAAACUGCACCAGCUGCGCAAGGCAAGGGCCCAGGAGUUGUGCAGAAACCCCGCCAGGGUGCCUUUACAGCCCACAAACCCUUCUCAUGCUCCAUCCAGUCCUGUAUGUAGCCCACAAGGAACAUUGGAGACUCCCAAACAAAAGAGACAAAAAUCCCUUGCUCAGCUGGAAGAGCCCAAACUUGAAAGUGUUGAGAGUCCAGGUCCCCCAUUGGCCAAACUGGCAAAAUUUACUUUCAAACAGAAGUCAAAACUGAUCCACUCCCCGGAAGACCACAGUUCUGUGAUUCAUGCAACUAAAGUAGCAGUUCCAAGUGCUAGAAUUGCCCAUAGAACAAGAAGAGAAGCUGCUCUGCCUGGGAAGGGUCCACAGAAGUUGGUGUCUACCUCGGGAAGCAGAAGCUCAAAUCAGCCACAGGAUAAGGCAAAGGAGAAGUCCCAGCAGGCACCAGAGGAAGACAGAUCAAAAGAGAAAGGCAAACAUGGCCCUGAAGGGAGAGUGACCCAGCCUGAAUUCGAGCUUGGGAACCAGACUGGGCAUUCUCAUCUUGCUUGUCAAAGAGACAGAAAGGAAGAGGUCUCAUGCCAUAACAAAAGCAGCAAGGUUCAUGCUUGCACAUUAGCCAGAUUGGCAAACUUCUCCUUUACUUCCCCCUCUGAAUCCAAAUCAGAAUCCCCUCUUCCUCCUGAAAGUAAGAACCGGGUGGAGAGAGGCCCAAGCCCUCCCCCUGGGGCUGUGGCUACAGUGCUUGGCAGGAAAAGGAAAACUUUUCAGCUGGAAGGGUCCACUGAGAGAUUGAUUCUUUCCAAAAAAUCUCUCUUUUCUUUAUCAGAACUAGAUGACGAAGCAUUGGAUUUUGAUUGGGAUGAAGAAAUGAGAAAAAAACCUUAAUCAUGAAAAGCUUACUGAUCAAAUUUCAGCCACACCAACUCCACGUACCACCUUCAGGAUAUCGACAUGGUGUUUAUAUAUGUGCAGAACUCUUGGCCAUAUUGAGUACCAUUUUGAAUUAUCAGCUUCCCCAACAGGUUUUAUAAUUUCAGGUUUAUCUUCGUGACUUGAAAAGUUGUGUAAUCAAUGUCAGGCAACAUGAUACCAGCACCUGAAUUGACAUUGUGCUUAAUUUUGCUGCAUAUGGAAUACUUGUAUUCCCAAAGAUGUUUCUAGGUUUUUUUUUUGGGGGGGGGUGUUGUUUGUUUUUUUGGCUUUGUUCUCCUUUAUUUAUUAUUAUUAUUUUUUUUAACUGGGGGUUGGAUCUUCCCGAGAAUGCUUCCUCCAUUCACUCAGAAACAAAUGCCCAGAAAGUAGCCUUCAUAAAGCUAACAAGUUGGAUGAACUCUUUUUUCCUUCUUCACCCAAGAUGUGCAAAGUGUAGUGAAUAUUUAUUAUGCUUUGCCAAAAUCAUGUGAUUUUUCUAAUAUUUUUGUUUAUUCUCAUGUGUCAGAUUAGAUGUGACUAAUGCUUUUCCUCCUUUGAGAGGUAUCCUUACAAUUCCAUGGUAUUCCUAAAAAAUCUGGCAACUUUCUGAAGGUUAAACUGUAGCUUUCAGAAGUAUUGAUCUUUUGAGUUUUCCCUGUUUUCUUGAGCAAACAUUUUGUCCUUCAGAUUCUUUGUAUCAUUAGGAGAUGUACCUUCAACACAACUUAAAUCCUGUGUGUGGCUAGAAGGAGAAUGUACAGUAAUCUCAAUCAUAUAUCAUGGCAUCUACCCAAGUGGUUAAUAUGGAAAUGUAAUUCCUACUAAAUUAUGAUUCAUUUGUCUUUAAAGUGAAGCAAAUGAUGACUGUUUGGUAGAAACAGACAACUCAAGCUUUGUCUUAAGUUCUUUUAAAAUCACUUCUUUUGGAUUCUAGCAGGGGCUGUUAGGAUUCUAUAAUUACAGACUUUCUCUUCUGAAUUAUGAAUUUUUAAAAUAAUAAAGAAUCUUUCAUUGUCUGAGGCACUUUUAAAUGUGAAGAAUACCCAAAACUAUAUGUACUUCAUUUAAGAGUUGCUUCAUUAGGGCAGCCCCGGUGGCUCAGCAAUUUAGUGCUGCAUUCAGCCAAGGGAGUGAUUCUGGAGACCUGGGAUUGAGUACCACGUCGGGCUCCCUGCAUGGAGCCUGCUUCUCCCUUUGCCUAUGUCUCUGCCUCUCUCUCUCUCUGUCUCUCAUGAAUAAAUAAAUAAAGUCUUU